AUGCAUUUUGCUAACCUGGGCGCUGCAGCCCUGGUGGCUAUCUCGGCCUGUACAGCUGCAUCUCUGCCCUCGACGCACAUCUUGCACGAGAAACGCUCCGGAAACCCAGCGCAAUGGACCAAACACUCUGUGGCCCCUCGCGAUGUGACGCUUCCUGUGCGCAUUGGCAUCAAGCCGCGAAACAUCGACUUGGGUCAUAACGAGCUGAUGGAGAUCUCCAACCCGGCCUCGCCCAACUACGGAAAGCACUGGAGCGCAGAGGAGAUUCACGACUUCUUUGCGCCAGCUGCUUCUACUGUGCACGAUGUGCGCAAGUGGCUGUCGUCGUCCGGCAUUGGCAAUCACCGUCAUCAGGUGGCUCCCAGCCGUGGCCAUGUCCAGUUCGAUGCCUCUAUCGAGGAGGUCGAAUCGCUGCUCAAGGCCAAGUAUGAGGUCUGGAAGCACACCGACUCGGGCGCUCUGAGUCUUUCUUGCGACGAAUACCAUGUGCCUGCCCACAUCAAGGACCACAUCGACUUUAUCACGCCUACCAUUGGCAUGAGCUCCCCCUCGGAGCCUAAGAACAGCCUGAAACGCCGCACUGUGUCGCCUCACGAGAAGAUCAGGCAGCCUAUCCACCGCCCCAUGUCGCCUCCCAGCAGUGGCAGCGACCCUAACAAUGUCACUGACUGCGCCAAGGCCAUCUCGCCCGCUUGCGUUCGUGCAUUGUACCAGAUCCCGGACACUGCUCCCAAGAACGUGACCGGAAACGAGCUCGGUAUCUACGAGAGCGGAGAUACCUAUGACCAGGCAGACUUGGACUCCUUUUUCAAGUACUUCACGCCCAACAUCCCCACAGGCACUCACCCGACUCUGAACGGCAUUGAUGGUGGCACUGCUCCUGUUCCUCAAAACCAAGGCGGCGGAGAAAGCAUGCUGGAUUUCCAGCUUGCUUACCCUCUCGUGCACCCUCAGGGAAUCCGUCUUUUGCAGACUCUAGACGUGCAAUCCGCGUAUCAGACAUACGGUAUCUUCAACCCUUUCCUGGAUGCCCUCGACAAGAGUUACUGUAGCUACGCCGGUGGAGACGACCCCAAGAUCGACCCUAAGUUCCCUGACGGCUCUGGAUGGAACGAGACUGCGCAGUGCGGUGUUUACACUCCACCGCACGUCAUCUCGAUCUCGUAUGAGCUCGCAGAAGCCACUUACCCGGCUGCCUAUGCCGAGCGUCAGUGCCAUGAGUACAUGAAGCUCGGUCUGCAGGGCGUUUCCCUGAUCUUUGCUUCUGGAGACAACGGUACCUUGUCUCGUGCUGGAGAAGCCGGAUGUCUGUCUGGUGACCGACAAAACCCUGGUUUCCCAUCCUCCUGCCCAUACGUCACUGCUGUGGGCGCAACCCAGAUCAAGCCCAACGCCAGCGUCCAUGACGCCGAGGUGGCCGUCAUCCCCGACUACACAUACGGCUCCGUCUUCACUAGCGGCGGUGGAUUCUCCAACUACUUUGCGCAGCCCUCGUACCAGUCUGACGCCGUCAACGGCUAUCUCGGAAACAACACCAAGCUGCCCGCCGCCGCAAGCUUCAACAAAACCGGUCGUGCAUUCCCGGACGUAUCAGCCAAUGGCCUCAACAUCGCCGUGUACACGAACGGACAAUGGGAGUCUCAGGGAGGCACGUCAGCCUCUGCACCCAUUUUCGCUUCGAUUAUUACACGCCUCAACGGCGAGCGUAUCUCUGCUGGUAAGAAGCCCGUCGGAUUCUUGAACCCGACUCUGUAUGCGCACCCGGAGAUCUUUAACGAUAUCACCGAGGGUGAGAACUGGGGUUGUAAUGGAAGGACCGCCUUCACCGCGCAAAAGGGCUGGGAUCCUGUUACCGGAUUGGGUACCCCGAUCUAUCCCAAGAUGCUGGAAGUCUUCAAGAACUUGCCUUGA